AUGUCCCCACUACUGAGACUCCCAACAGAGCUUCGUCUGCAGAUAUACCACUAUGUGAUCGACGACCACUUCGCAUCCCGCGCGAUGUGGAACUCAGACGUUGAUGGUGAUGACGGCGUCUUGAACAUGUAUAUCAUUUACGAGAGAUCACAACUAUACCCCAAUCUUCUCAACGCUCACAUGACGUUUUUUGAGGAAUGCCUGCCGAUCGUACUUUCCAAAUACCGAUUCGAAUUCGAUCAUUCAGACGUUCUGCUUAAUCUUCACAAGAAAGAGCAAUUUGUGAGAAGGAAAGUGGCCGUGCCGAUCGACGACCAAUUCGUAGAAUUCUCCAAGUUCCUCGAACCGUCUAACCUAGAUUGUUGGCCAUGUAAGAGGUCUCUGGAAGACGAAUUGAAAAAACUAAGAGACCUUCUUCCACGCGCUGAAGCAAUAUACGCCGCAUUCAACAUUGAUUGCAUCGAAUGCUCGUCUCAUAGCCAUACAUAUCAUGAGCGUCGCCGCCAGCUCAAAUGGCAACAUUGGAUGGGAAAACUCAAGGAAGCGAAGAUGCCCCCUGGCUGCGGUAUAACAGACGAAAUGUGGGAGGAGAGACAUGGGGAGGGUGUUCGAGAACGGACCUUCAUUGAAUUAAAGUUCUCAAGACCUGGGUCGUCCAUCAUGCAUCGACAUUUGCAAUUCCGAACGACCCUGAAAUAG